AUGCAGUCCCAAGAAGAAAUUCGUAACCUCCCGAUCGAUAUAGCGUUUGCUCGACUAGGAGGAAUUUGUUACUUGGAAGCAAAACAGAUAUAUGAAAUUCUUUUGAAGUCAACUCCAGAAAGCCGUAAUAUUUUUGGUCGGCUUUCGGGCGCUGCUGGUGAUUGGGAGACAAUAGUUCGUGCUUAUGAGAAAGAUCAUAUUUUUCUUGGUGAGGCUGCACAGAUACUGGUCCAAAAUGUCACCUAUGAAAUUCCAUACCAGAAGAAGCAAGUUCAAAAGAGUCAACAACAGCUAGCAGAGUUAGAGAAAAAGGAAGCUGAUAUAAAAAGAAAUAUGGCUCUUUCAGCCACAAAAAAUGCGGCUCUUUCAGCCACAAAGUAUGCAGAAGCCUGCCGGGAGCUAGGAUUGCAGGGCAUUAAUGUCCGGUCAGAGUUGUUAGAAGCAGCCAUAGUAACUCUUCCAAGCACUUUCAGUGAGAUAUUGGAAACAUUGAACAGUGACUCUGUUUCAAAGACCAUUGAAUUCUAUUCCAUGUUUGUCAAAGAGGCUCACACAGAUAAUAAGGAUAAAAUUCCCAGCCCCAUUUUGCGUAAUUUGGUUCAUGUUCGAGAAAAGCCCCCUUCUCUUCACGUUUCUGCAGGUCCCGAAAUUUCUGGUUCUGUCGGUGCUCAACAUUACCUUGACGAGCAAUCUCUCAUAGCUGGGGCAGCAGAUACUGCAGCCGAAAGCAUUGACUGGGAUAUUACAUUGGACAGCUCUCAAAUUGAUUGGGAUAUUGGCACUAUUGAGACAGAUGAUAAUGGAAAUGGAUUGGGCCCAUAUGAAAUUGUCAAUGCUAGUGAUAUAUUGCCCGAUUCUCCUCCCAAAGCUGGUGUCGAGGCUCAUCAGGGCUCUGAAAGUCAGGAGGUCUCCAUUUCAGAGAUUUCUUGGGAUGUAAACGUGGAGAAUCCGCAGAUCGUUAAGGUUGAUGAAGCAGACUUAUCGAGCACUCAUAUAGAAUCUGGAUUAAACUAUGAUUAUACUAAAAUUGAGGCAUCUGGGGAUAAUCAAGAAAGGAGUGAGCUUAUGGAGACAGAGUACAGGAAUAAGCUUCUAGACGACUUAUUUGAGGCGAAAGCGUUUCUGAACCAACGAUUACUCGAAUUGACUAAUGAAGAAACCUUAUCACUACAACAUCAAGUCCAAGCUGUAGCUCCCUUUGUGCUCCAGCAGUACACUCCAGAAGCAAUUCAAGUAAUGCUGUCUGAUAUUUCUCGAGCCAUCUCAAAAUUAACCAAUAGGAAAACUAGGGACCUGAUCAUGAUACUUAAUUCCAGAAGAUUUUUGGAUCGUUUGGUAAGUACACUGGAGGAAAAGAAACAUCACGAGAUGAAGUUAAAGGAUGGGCUGAAAGAUCUCUAUACUAAGCGCCUGGAGCUGCAAAACUCGUUAUCUUCGUCAUGGCCUAAACAGGAAGCGGCUCUUGUAAAGUCCCGGGAGUUGAAGAAACUUUGUGAGAGCACACUUUCGAAACUUUUUGACGGGAGACCGGUGAAUAUAAUUGGAGAGAUCAACACAUUGCUAAGUAGCGGCCUAAGCGCCUAA